UCCUUCUUUUGUUUUCACACGGAGCGAAAAAGCAGUCGGACUCGGCGUGGAGAGGACUCGUAAACAAAACUUCAGUCGAGUAGCUCGAUAUUUACCACAACCAAAGACGAAUAUUAUUACUCUAUGGUUUGAUACACCGAAGAUGUUGAAGUUUUUCGGAUUCAAGAAUGAUGGAGCCAGAAAAUCCUCUGAGAAAGAAACUGAUGGAUUUGUCAUCAUUGGUGAAACUGUUGAGGAGCAGAGACAGAAGGUUCAGUCCAUGAACACCGAGCAGCCCGCAACAAAUGUAAUAGUACAGCCAUCUAAGCCAUCCAGUGCCGGGAAGAGAGGAAUUACAGAGACGACUCAGCCUUCCUCCCAACCCACGUCUGCCAAGAUGUCCUCAGAAACACACGCUGUAGACGCCACCCCGGCCCUCCCUGAGCUUCUAGGAGACAUACCUUUCACUUUAGCCCCACACAUCCUGGCCAUGCAGGCGGGCCUGCCCUUUGCCACAGAUAUCACCUUGCCUCACAACAUAAAUGACAAACUAGCCAACUUUCGUUAUGACUUCACCUUGGAGAACUCUGUGCUUUGUGAGCCGUGACUCUUUGCCCCUCAGUUAUAUCACUAACACGCGGUGAACUAUGAGCCUUUCCUUCUCGAGAUUCUCUAACCGUUUGCCUCUUAAAUAAAUGAAGAUCUAGUUUAGCUGACGAAAAUCAGUCACUAACUAAAUGGUGUUGGGCUCAAAUGAAUAUAUUGUCCUUUUUAGUUUAAAUAGGUUAGCAUCAAGAUGGUUUACAGUCUCUCAGGAUCUAGCACUUAAUUUGUGUGAGAUGAGUGUUACUGCCUUGCUUUAACGCAGUAGAGGAGUAUUUAUAAGAUGACCCGGGGCUUUCCGUUUUUCAAAUGUAGUAAAAAAAUAAUUACGGGUGUAAAAUCGGUGCAAUUUUGCAUUGUGGGUUCCUGAAAUAGGGUUGUUUGGGAACUGCUAGUAGUCGCAUGGGGCUCUUUGACGUUUCAGACGU